AUGCAAGACCAUCCAAUUGGGAUUCCUGCUUGCUUUACAUCCGGUGAGAAGGUAGCUGAUGAUCCUGCCACAGUAACCAGGUCAGGGCAGAGUGUUUUCAUGUCUGCUUAUCGUACAAAGAUUGCCGAUCAGUGUCGUUUGAUCACAAUAACAUGGUGCAAGAAUCUGUUACUCCAUGGUCUAUCAGUAUCAGUAGAAGGUCCUGAAGGAGAGAGUCAGUACACCUGCAAAGUGGAGCUGAAGCCUUGGUAUUUUUGGAGGAAACAAGGCUCCAAACGGUUUGUAGUGGAGGGUAAAGCUGUGGAUAUCUUCUGGGACCUCAAGGCUGCUAAAUUCAAUGGUGAAACUGAGCCUAAUUCUGAGUAUUAUGUCGCUGUUGUUUGCGACGAAGAGGUUGUGCUUCUUCUUGGUGAUCUGAAGAAGGAUGCUUACAGGAAAACUGGGUGUAGGCCUGCUCUUAUUGAUCCCAUUUUGGUUUCAAGAAAGGAGCACAUAUUUGGCAAGAAGAAGUUCGCUACAAGAAUCAAGUUCCAUGAGAAAGGUCGGUUUCAUGAGAUCUCAAUAGAGUGCAAGAACGGAAGUAAUAGUGGCAAUAUUGUUAGUAAUGGCAAUUCUAUUAAUGGGGAUGAACCAGAAAUGGAGAUAAGGAUAGAUGGGCAUUUGGUCAUUCAUGUGAAGCAUCUUCAAUGGAAAUUUAGAGGUAACGAGUAUAUUAACCUUCGUAAAUUAAGAGUAGAGGUAUACUGGGAUGUCCAUGACUGGCUAUUUAGUCCUGGUUUAAGGCAUGCUUUGUUUAUCUUUAAGCCAAUAAUGUCUUGCACAUCUCUAUCAUUACUAUCAACUUCAUCUUCAUCACCUGCACUAUCUUCAUCGACAUCUACACCAUUGUCCUCCCAGACAGGAGGUUCUGGUUCACUAGAGGGGCUAAAUGCAAGUGGUGGAUCAUCUGAUUUUUGCUUGUUUCUCUAUGCUUGGAAAGUUGAAUGA